AUGGAAGGACGAUAUCCAUAUUAUUAUCCGCCCGGAUCUUUUCCUGUCGACUUCAGGUAUUACAACCAUCCCCAGGUUCGACCAGACUUGCAACUGCCAGGGCCUAGCGGUGUUUUGGCAGUCGGAGACCCAGCUAGCCGAUCCAUCAGCCCAACAACAACAUCGAGCAAUAGCCCGAGUGGUUCGACCGACGGAACUGUGAACGAUGCCCUAGAUGUGGAAGCGGAAGAUGCUGCUCAGUCCAAUAGAAAGCACAAAGACGCGCGGAAGAUUUGGGAAGAAAUUGCGCGGGAGAUUAAUCGAAGGUUUGGUACCACUCGCUCUGGAGAGAAAUGCCAGAAGAAAUUGAAAUAUCUCAUCGAGAGAUACAAAAAGGCCAAGGAUUGGAACAGUCAUCAGACGGGUGGACACAGAUGGAAAACUGUCUUCUACGAUGAAAUAGAUGCUGUUCUUGGAUGCAGAGACGUUGUUACGUUACUUAACGUAGCCGAAGCGGGAGCGAGUGCAUCAACUUCUGCCGCCAAGUCCGACGCAACCGAGUCCAAGGACAACGAGUUACUAGGACAAGACACAAGCCCAGAAGCUCGAACGGAGCGUAAAAAGAAACGUAAAAGAGCUAGACCUCAAGAAGGCGAUGAAGAGGGAGACCUGAUUAAAGCGUCCUUGGUAGGAAUGGAGAAACAGCGAAAGGAAAUGAACACAAUGAUGGAAAGCUUUACAAGGAUGCAAGAGCAGCAAGCUAACACAACGAAUGCACUAGUUGGGGCCCUGACAAAUUUCUUACAAAAUAGCGGCAACAACAACAAAUGA